AUGUCGGCUAGGAUUUUAUUGUUUUGCGUCGUUGUCCUUGUGUCGACGUCAUCAACAAUUAGCCAAUCACUACGCAGAAGGGCCUCGGAUUUGGAUUUACAGAGAUUGCUAUUGUCAAGCUUAAUCGAUAAACCGGACAGACCCGAUAGACCGGACAGGCGAGAUCUAACGGAUUCUUCCGAUAUAAAGAUUUACACAAUCCGAGCGAACAACCCUAUCAUUAUCAGGAGAGCGCCCUCCCGCGGAGGAUUUCUGUCACGUGGUCUUCUGCCAAGCGGUCUAACGUCAGGCGGUCUAUCAUCAAGUGGUCUAUUCUCACGUGGUCUAUCUUCACGCGGUCUGUCUUUAGGUGGCCUAUCUUCAAAUGAUCUAUCUUCAAAUGGACUUCUGUCAAGUGAUAUAGGAACUCAGUUCAGAACAUUGGAUUUACUUGGUAGGUAUUCUGUAGAUACUAAUGCUACACAGGCUGGUAACACACGGCCAUAUCAUCCCGGUAUGUCUUAG